GACUGGAGACCGACAACGAGGGCAAGUGAUAGGAUUGCUGCUUACUGGAGCUAUACGGGAAAACAAAAAAAUACACAUCAUCACCCAUAAAUGGCUCACAGGACAUAACGGAUGCUUGAGUUUGGUGCAAGUAUACCAUACUACACCCCAACCGAGGCUCUUAAACUUGAUAGUCUACUGUUGCGUGGCAUAAGUAUUUUUUUCAGCCGCAAAGGAGACGAUUGACUGCGUUAACGGCGAAAACAGACAGUGCAGGGGGCGGGAGAAAAGGGGGGUGAGAUUGGUGAAACAAUUUCUGUUGUGGAGGAUAUUUUGGAUUGCGCCCUGUUGGAAAGGCUCAUUGAACGGAGUUACGUUCUCAUUCAUUUCCCAUCUCAGCCACCACCCUGUGGAACUGGCCGUAGAUUCUCCUUCUAAUUCUCAUCACUAAGACGGAAAUGAAUGAUAGAAGAUUGGAAUUCCCUUUGGUCUACUACAAGUGAACGUUGUUCGAUUGCGAGUCAUAAAAACUCCUGCGCACAAUUAUUGGGGUUUCAAGAAAUGGAGACUGAGGAUGCGGAUUACCAUCAUCUGUCGAGUGAAAUCAGUGGCACGAAUGUCUUGCCAGCAAUCCUUAAAUCAUUGUGUCGUUGGCAACAAUAACGAAUUGUUUUAAUUUAUUUAAUCUUAUAUAUAUAUAUUUUAAAUAUAUAGGCCUAGGCUAUAUAUAAAUCCACCAAAACACAAAACUUGGAAAAAUAGUAGGCUAUACUCUGAACACGAAUUUGUAUCUACCUGUCAAACAGUGUAGCCCAUUUGCUGGACCACGUUUUUUUUCCUUCUUUUUUUACUUUUUGUGAACUCGGUGGCAUCAUCUCCCUUUUCCACUAUUUUGGAAUUAAGUUAUUUGCUUUUUAGAGAGGUGAAUAAUUAAUUGAUCAGGAAUGAGAUCUGGGACAGAGAGGAAUACUUUGACCUUGUUUUGGGGUCUGACGCUAUCUGUCUCCACUAUCUACCUAUGGACGGCAAAUGGAGAAAUCUGUGGUCCAAGUAUUGACAUACGUAAUGACAUCAGUGAGUUCAAGCGUCUGGAGAACUGCACGGUGGUGGAAGGCUUCCUGCAGAUACUCCUCAUCGGAGACAAGACCAACAACCUCAACCAGGAGCUCUUCCGCUCCCUCAGCUUCCCCAAGCUGACCGUCAUCACCGACUACCUGCUCCUGUUCCGGGUCUCCGGCCUGGACAGCCUCAGCACGCUCUUCCCCAACCUCAACGUCAUUCACGGACGCAACCUCUUCUACAACUAUGCCCUGGUUAUUUUUGAGAUGACCAGUCUGAAGGACAUCGGCCUGUACAACCUGAGGAACAUCACGCGAGGGGCCAUCCGGAUCGAGAAGAACCCGGAGCUCUGCUACCUGGACUCUGUGGACUGGUCUCUCAUCAUGGACGCAGAGUUCAACAACUUCAUUGCGGGGAACAAGCAAUCCAAGGAGUGUGGUGAUGUGUGUCCAGGCAUCACGGAGGACAACGCUCAGUGCAUCAAGACCAGCUUUAACGGCAACUUUAACUCUCGCUGCUGGACAUCCAACCACUGCCAGAAAGUGUGCCCAGAGAAGAAGUGUGAGCGGCGGGCAUGUACGGACGGUGGUGAGUGUUGCCAUGCCCAGUGCCUGGGAAGCUGUACGGAGCCGGACGACGACAUGGCCUGCGCAGCCUGCCUGCACUACUACCAUGAGGGCCGCUGCGUGCAGGACUGCCCCCCAGACACUUACAAGUUUGAGGGCUGGCGCUGCAUUACCAUGGACCUGUGUGAACAUGUGCACCUGGCCGGUGACUUUCACUUUGUCAUCCACGGAGGGGAGUGCAUGCCUGAGUGUCCAUCAGGCUUCACACGCAAUGAGAGCAAUAAUCACAGUAUGUUCUGCAGUGCCUGUGAUGGCUUGUGUGAUAAGAUCUGCGACUCCAAGACCAUCGACUCAGUGGAUGCUGCUCAGUCUCUAAUGGGCUGUACAGUCAUCAAAGGCAACCUGCAAAUCAACAUCCGCCGUGGCAAUAACAUUGCCUCAGAGCUGGAGAGCUUCAUGGGGCUGAUCCAGACAGUGACAGGCUAUGUGAGGAUCCGACAUUCCCACACACUAGGAUCGCUCUCCUUCCUCAAGAGCCUGCGCUACAUCAACGGGGAGGAGCUCAUGGAAGGGAUGUAUGCUUUUUCUGCCAUUGACAACCAGCGCCUGCAGUACCUGUGGGACUGGACCCAACACAACCUGACCAUCAGGGCUGGGAGGCUAUCCUUCCGCUUCAACCCCAAACUCUGCAUGUCUGAGAUCCACAAUAUGUGGGAGAAGACUGACAUCACUGAGAAGUUUGAGGAGGGCGAUUUCCGCAACAAUGGAGACAGAGCAAGCUGUGAGAGUCAUAUCCUGAAGUUCAAGUCCAACAGCACGAUGAGUAACCGGAUCAAGCUGACUUGGGAGCGCUACCGACCACCAGACUACAGAGACCUCAUCAGCUUCAUCGUCUACUACAAGGAAGCACCGCACCAGAACAUCACAGAGUUUGAUGGCCAGGAUGGGUGUGGCUCCAACAGUUGGAACAUGGUUGACGUGGACCUACCGCAAGACAAAGAGAUAGACCCUGGUGUGCUGCUGUCCCCACUGAAGCCCUGGACCCAGUACGCCAUCUUUGUCAAGGCCAUCACCCUGGUGGUGGAGGACAAACACAUCCCUGGAGCCAAGAGUGACGUGGUCUAUAUACGCACCAGCCCCUCAGAGCCGUCUAUGCCAAUGGAUACCCGGGCGUAUUCCAACUCGUCCUCCAAGCUGGUGGUGAAAUGGUCACCUCCCCUCAACCCUAACGGCAAUCUCACUUUUUACCUGAUCCGCUGGCAGCAGCAAGCUGAAGACAAGGAGCUGUACCAACACAACUACUGCUCCAAAGAGCUGAAGAUCCCCAUUAGAAUCUCAGCCACGGGGUUGGCAGACAUGGAGGACGACACCAAGCCCACCAAGCCUGACCUGUCUGGGGGGGACAAGGGCCCCUGCUGCCCCUGCCCCAAGACCAAGGAGGACCUGAAGGCAGAGAUAGAUGACGCAUCCUACCGCAAAGUCUUUGAGAACUUCCUGCACAACUCCAUCUUCACUCCCAGGCCCCCAGACCGGCGGCGUAGGGAUCUAUUUGGGGUGGCUAACAGCACCUUGUCGCGGGGUGGCAACACCACAGGCCUGGAGGGUAAUGGGACAGAUGGAGAAUCCCCCGAGAGGGAGUUCCCCUUCAUGGAGGACCGGAGCAAGACAGAGUUUAUAGAGAUCCCCAACCUACAGCCCUUCACUGUCUACCGCAUCGACAUCCACGCCUGCAACCAGGAGGUCCUUCGCUGCAGCGCUGGAGCCUUCGUCUUCUCCAGGACCAAACCUGCAGACAAAGCGGAUGACAUGCCAGGCACGGUGAAUCAGGAGAGGGAUGAGAAGGUGGAGGGGUCGGUGCUGCUGAGGUGGCCGGAGCCUGUCAACCCCAACGGUCUCAUCCUAAUGUAUGAGAUUAAGUUUCGCCAAGGCACCGAGCCUGAGAAACAUGAGUGUGUGUCACGCCAGCACUACAGAGUGCACAAAGGAGCUCGUCUGACCAACCUAGGCUCUGGGAACUACUCUGCCCGCGUGCGCGCCACCUCCCUGGCAGGAAACGGGUCCUGGACUGAGCCAGUGUCCUUCUACGUAACCCCACGCACACGGGACUACGACAUCACGUUCUAUCUGGUCAUCAUCAUCCCCAUCAUAGUGAUAAUUCUUAUCGCCAGCCUCAUUACUGCACUCUUUUUUAUCAACAAAAAAAGGAACAGUGACAGGCUGGGGAAUGGUGUCCUCUAUGCUUCUGUCAACCCUGAGUACUUCAGUGCUGCUGAGAUGUAUGUUCCAGAUGAGUGGGAGGUGGCCAGGGAAAAGAUCACCAUGCACAAGGAGUUGGGCCAGGGUUCCUUUGGCAUGGUGUACGAGGGCCUCGCUAAGGGCGUGGUUAAAGACGACCCAGAGACGCGCGUGGCCAUCAAGACGGUCAACGAGUCAGCCAGCAUGAGGGAGAGGAUAGAGUUCCUCAAUGAGGCUUCCGUCAUGAAGGAGUUCAACUGUCACCACGUGGUGCGUCUGCUGGGCGUGGUCUCUCAGGGACAGCCCACCUUGGUGAUAAUGGAGCUCAUGACCCGUGGAGACCUGAAGAGUCACCUGCGCUCACUCCGUAAAGAGAACACGUCCAGCCAGGUUCUGCCCCCGCUGAAGAAGAUGAUCCAGAUGGCAGGGGAGAUUGCGGACGGCAUGGCAUACCUCAACGCCAACAAGUUCGUCCACAGAGACCUGGCUGCCAGGAACUGCAUGGUGGCGGAGGACUUCACCGUCAAGAUCGGGGACUUUGGCAUGACGCGAGACAUCUACGAGACGGAUUACUAUCGGAAAGGAGGGAAGGGCCUUCUGCCAGUCCGCUGGAUGUCCCCAGAGUCGCUGAAAGACGGAGUGUUCACCACAAACUCUGAUGUCUGGUCAUUUGGGGUGGUGCUGUGGGAGAUUUCUACCUUGUCUGAGCAGCCGUAUCAGGGCAUGUCCAAUGAGCAGGUGCUGCGUUUCGUCAUGGAGGGAGGACUCCUGGACAAGCCUGACAACUGUCCUGACAUGCUGUUUGAGCUGAUGCGGAUGUGCUGGCAGUACAACCCCAAGAUGCGUCCUUCCUUCCUGGAGAUCAUCAACAGCCUCAAGGAGGAGCUGGAGCCUCCGUUCAGUGAGAUGAGCUUCUUCUUCAGCGAGGAGAACAAGCCCCCGGACACUGAGGAGCUGGACAUGGAGGUGGAGAACAUGGAGAACGUGCCACUGGACCCUGCACCCAGCAGACCCCCCACUGCUGUUCCUCUACCCUCCCAGGGACCCAUGGGGGCCACAGGGGGCUCAGCACCCCCUCCUCCCCAGCAGUUAUCCCCAAUGCAAUGCCCUUCUAAUACCCUGAAGGGACCUGGCUCUCCCUCCACCUCAGUCCCGGCUGCCUCUGUCUCGGCCUCCCCAGGCCUGGCCUUGGACAAGCACUCAGAACAGAUAUCGGCCAACGGGCCAGUGGUGGUGCUGCGGCCCAACUUUGAGGACACACAGAACUACGCUCACAUGAACGGGGGGCGCAAGAAUGAGCGGGCGCUGCCACUGCCCCAGUCUUCAGCCUGCUGAUCUCCUCCUCCCCCCUCAGCCAGAUCACCCCACUCCUCUUCUCACACAGGGUAACAUAAACUUCUCCCCUGUUUUAGUUAUAAUGGGGUGAUGGAUGAGUGAAUAACUGACACAUUAUACUACUUUACUGCAGGAGGAGUCUUUCAUUUUUAAAUAAUAUUAUCAAGAUUUAUUAUUGAAUAUCAAGACUGAGAAACAGCACAGAAACCUGCUAAAGCGUUUGGAGUAUGGUGGCUCAGAACGAACAACAACACUGGGAAGCUCUAGUGUUUACUUCUUGUUUAGUAUUUGUUACUUUAAAAACAUAAUUAAAGAAGGACAUCAUCAAAUAUUCCCUGACUGACAGGUAUUGUAAGUGAGAGACAAUAACUUUUAAAAAAGAAUUUGAAGCAUAUCUGCUAGAAAAUCCAACAGACGAGCCCAUUUAGCUCAUUUCUGAGAGAAUAAUGUGUAUAUCUGAGUGUGUUUAUACUGCCUUUAGAAAGUAUUAAGACCCCUUGACUUUUUCAAAAAAAUGUAACGUUACUGCCUUAUUCUAAGAUAUUUUUACCCUAUAAUGACAAAGCAAAAAUAGAUUUUGCAAGUAUUCUUGCCCUUUGUUAUGAGAUGCAUACUGUUUCCAUUGAUCAUCCUUGAGAUGUUUCUACAACUUGAUUGGAGUCCACGAGUGGUAAAUUCAAUUGAUUGAACGUGAUUUGGAAAGGCACACACCUGUCUAUAUAAGGUACCACAGAUGACAGUGCACGUCAGAGCAAAAACCAAGCCCUGAGAUCGAAGGAAUUGUCCGUACAGUUCCAUGACAGGGUUGUGUCGAGGCACAGAUCUGAGGAAGGGAACCAAAAAAAAUCUGCAGCAUUGAAGGUCCCCAAGAACACAGUGGCCUCCAUCAUUCUUAAAUGGAAGACAUUUGGCACCACCAAGUCUCUUCCUAGAGCUGGCUGCCCGGCCAAACUAAGCAAUCGGAGGAGGUGACCAAGAACCGGAUGGUCACUCUGACAGAGCUCCAAAGUUCCUCUGUGGAGAUGGGAGACAACCAUCUCUGCAGCACUCCAUCAGACAUUUAUGGUUGAGUGGCCAGACGGAAGCCACUCCUUAGUAAAAGGCACAUGACAGCUCGCCUGGAGUUUGCUAAAAGGCACCUAAAGGACUCUCAAACCAUGAGAAUCAAGAUUCUGUGGUCUGAUGAACCAAGAUUGAACUCUUUGGCCUGAAUGCCAAGGGUCACAUCUGGAGGAAACCUGGUACCAUCCCUGCUGUGAAGCAUGGUGAUGGCAGCAUCAUGCUGUUGGGAUGUUUUUCAGCAGCAGGGAGACUAGUCAGGGUCAAGGCAAAGAUGAACGGAGCAAAGCACAGAGAGAUCCUUGAUGAAAUCCUGCUCGGGACAAGUCUAAGCACGCAGCCAAGACAACCCAGGAGUGGCUUCGGAACAAGUCUCUGAAUGUCCUUGAGUGGCCCAGCCAGAGCCUGGACUUGAACCCGACCGAACAUCUCUGGAGAGACCUGAAAAUACCUGUGCAGCGACGCUCCCCAUCCAACCUGACAGAGCUUGAGAGGAUCUGCAGAGAAGAAUGGGAGAAACUCCUCAAAUACAUUUGUGCCAAGCUUUUAUCAUCAUACCCAAGAAGAAUUGAGGCUGUAAUUGCUGCCAAAGGUGCUUCAACAAAGUACUGAGUAAAUGUAAUUACAUUUUUUCAUUUUUAAUAGAUUUGCUAAAAUGUCUAAACCUGUUUUUGCUUCGUCAUUAUGGGGUAUUGUGUGUAGAUUGAUGAGGAUUUUCUUUAAUCCAUCUUAGAAUCAGGCUGUAAUGUAACAAAAUGUGGAAAAAGACAAGGGGUCUGAACACAUUCCAAAUGCACUGUAUUUCUAUACCAACACAUGAUUCUCUCGACAGCAAGAUAUAGCUCCUCUUAAAAACCUAUUUUCAUCGGUAUACUUCUCCCACAUUUCAGACAUUGAUGUGUUCUGGACUAGGAUAAUUGGUUUUCCUGUAAAUAUUCCUGGAAUGAUUUCAGGAGUGGGUAGAUAUCAUAGAGGGAGGGCAAUUGUGAAUUGGACACAUUUUUUGUCAAAUCAAAGUUAGUAGUUUUCUCCUUCUUGCUCUUCAUUUGUCCUAUUGAUUUGACAUGAAGAGAAACAUAAAUCAAGCAUCCUAAAAAACCCAAAUUGCUGUUUAUUUUGUUUUCUACUUCACAAUUACAAUCAAAUUGUAAAAGGAAUUUGCCUGUUUUCUCUUGUUUUUUCCCCGAGUUACAUCAGAGCCCUUAUUGGAUUCCUCUUCUAUUGUAUGUGUCAUCUGAGAGAUGAAAACACCAACAUCACCAACAGAGACAUUGAGCGAAAAGGACUUGGCGCCAAAAAUGCAACACAUACAGAAACAAACCUGAAGUGGAAGGUAUUGGAUCAGUUCUAAUACAAGGAGAACUAAAGGACUCAACAGAACUCCACCUUGUGACUAUACAUACGUCUGCUAAAAGCAUGCGAGGCAUUGUACGCAGCAGAUCUUUUUUAGACUUGUCAUUAGUCUCUCUGUACAAUUCAAACAUUUAUAUAAAGGUCUUACAGUUGUAUGUUAGACCUUAGGAUCAUUUUCACACACAUCAUUGGUUUGUCACUUUUAUAACUUUUGUACUGUUCAGAUGUUCACCUGUACAGAAUGAAGCUGCUAUUUUAUUAUUUUUCUUUUUUAGAUGUUAUAUAUAUAUAUAUAUAUAUAUAUAUAAAAGGAAUCAUAUAUAUAUAUAUAUAUAUAUAUAAAAGGAAUCCUUCAGGUUUAAUAGUUUAUGAUCUCCACUACAGUCCAUUUCUUAUGCAUCAUACUUCUCCAAGCAAAGAAAAUGAUAAUUUAGAUAUAAAAUGACUUUUCUCUCUUCUUUACCCCAGAAGGUUGUCUGUAUCACCACAUAUUCUCCAUUGCCUUUAACUUUUUUAUGAACAUGUUUUCCUUUGCAUUCUUUUUUUGUAGAUUUCUAUAUUAUUAUUGUUAUUAUUAUUAUUAUUAGUUUGAAUGGACACCUUAGCUCCAUGUGUGAGCGUGUACAUUUGUCACCCUUCUUGUACCAGUUGUCUAGCACUGCGCCUAGUUAUUCCCCCCUAGGUGUAACUCAAUCUCAGGUCGAAGUAAAGGUUUUGCUUUCUCCAUACAUUCUCAUUACUGUCCUCUGCUUGUUUCACCUCUCUGUCGAGUCCAAUAGUGCCCUCUCCCCUCCCCUCCAGCCCCACACUGAAAUGUACAGUAUACCUGCCUCCCCCAGUGCCUCCUUUUGAAGUCAGGAUUAGUUCCACAGGAUUUUCUUUUUUUCUACUGCAUCUGGUGUUUUAACCCAUCCAUUUUCCUGCCUCUCAAUUAAUAGGGCUAAUUGGGUUGUCUUGUUUGCCUUAAUUAUCCCAACCACUCACCAUCCCCUCAAAGAAGACUCAUCCAUAAUCAUGGUUCUCAUUUUGUGUCUUAGAUUUCAAACGCAGCAUUACUGCUUAUUCUCCUUUAUCAUUCGAUUCAUUUCUGUUGUCAUACUCAUUUUCUUGUGAUGAAAGUGAAAACAGUAUCUGUUGUUAUUCUCCUUAAACAUGGCAUCUGUAAACCAAAUAAGGAUGGGUUAAAGUCCAGGGAAGUGGUCACAUUUCAAUGUCAUGAAUGGAAUAGGUCUUAGUGGGGGUGUCGGUAUGAAAAAUGUUUUUGAAGCACUUCUCCUUUUGAAAAAGUGUUGCUUGGUGAUUAUUUUUUCCUUCUUUGAAGGUUCUCUCUGUAGGAUUGUUAUUUAUUUUUUAAUUUUCCUUUUGUGAUAUCAGUUUAAAUCACUGUAUAAAGGCCCCAUGAUUCAGUAUAAAGUAGAAUUUUUUUAUAUGUAUUUUCUUUGGUGUCAUGACUGGGGAUGUUUUUCUUUUUUUCCCUUCAAGUAUAUAUCUACCUCACUCUUUUAAAGUAUAUGUAUGUGUAUGAAAACAAAAGUACAUCUCACCUUUUCUCAUUAGUCCGUAUAAGGUAACCUCACAGUCCUCUGGAUCCGGGUAGACCUCAUUAUCAAUACACACCACACACACACCUAGGUUGGAGUGGAGAUGGGGUGUAGCUCGUGUGGUUCUAAUUCUAUUUAGUCCCGUAUGCUUAACGAUUGCUGUAUCAACAACAUUUUCUGCUGGUCCAAAGAUUUUAAAUAGAAAAUAAAGUAUGUUGGUAGUAUGAGAAAGUAUGAGGAUUUUUAAUGUAUGUGGUACAGAUUAUGUUACAGGUUUGAUUUAAUAAAAGACAUUGACUGGCCUGUAUUUCUCAGGAAAUGGCUUAAGUCCAACUCUCAUGGUUUGAGCGCUAACAUGCUAACCUGGUUACCUAAUAAUGCUAACUUAGAAUAACAUCAAAUGACUAUUGUGAUAGGAAGUGUUUACAGUAGGCUACAUAAAGUCACCGUACAGUAUGUAUUGGUAGAGAGAAGGACACAGCUAACUCAGACAUCCAGGGCCGUAGCCAAGACAUUUUAAUCAAGUAGAAUCUCAUUUACUGCAUUUCUAUACAAUUUAAAAACUGCCAAAUGCUAUUUGGAGAACAGCAAAAACAACCAUUGUCAUAUUGGUUGCUGUAGCUUCAUUCACCUCAGUUGUUCUACAAAUACAUAGCCUACUAGUUAUACAAUUAGAUGAAAAACUAUAAUUGAAAAUGUACAGAGUUAUGUAGCAGAAAAAGUAUUUUAUUAACAAAAGGUGAACAAAUACGUUUGCUAAACAGAACUUUUUUGUUGUUGCAGUUUUAUAGUUCAUUUCCUGCAAUUCUACACAUGACUUAUGCCAUGUUAAUAUGAUAUCUGAGUGAGAGUAACUAACUAAAUCAAUGGAGGCCCCUUAGAGGUCUGGGCACCUGGGCACAUGCCCUGUGUUCCCGGUCAGUAAUUUGGCCACGAUUACUACAAGUCUAGAUAGCUAACUAGAGUUUAUUUACCAAUCUACAAUGUUUUCUGACAUGGGCUGAUUGAGUGACUGUCAGUGACAUAUACACAAGAGAGACACUGCUGAUGCACAGCCAAGUUUCAAAAUGGCACCUUAUGUAUUCUAUUAUUCUAACUCUCAACAGUAAGUUGAGAGUUCCUUUUUUUAAUUCAAAAUAAUUACUGAGGUCUGGACCUCGGUGUCCUCAUAUGUAGCUACACCCUGCAGAAAUCCCAUCUCACCUCCUCCGCAAACAAGGAUUUCACAACAAGAAAUCCUCAGAUCAUACAGCUGCCAAGAAGGGUGAAGCUGAACGAUAACUUCUUUAUUUUCAAUUGUAUCUAUGUAUUUAGGUAGAUUUCAAACAAAUCAGUAUGUUGGAGUCAAGCAAUUUUUUUUAUACAAAAAAUGGGAAACAUUGCAUUUAUCAUCUUUAAUCAUUCAAGACAUUUUGCAAGACAGAAAUCCUUUGCUAUUGUAAUGUACUGUAUAUUGGAAAACAAGGUAGAUCAGAGGAUGUUUGGCUUUAGCCUGAAUUCUGGAUAACUAAACCACUACUGACAUCGAAACAACUCCUGUAGAAUGUUUGCCAACACUGGCUUCUGGUUACAGCUUACACAUUUCGUCUUGUAAAACUGGUCAUUGCUAAUAUCCUAUGUAAAGUACUGAUUUCCCCUAAAGUAAAACUGAUGGCAUUUAUUUCUGUGAAAGCCUCUUAGUGAAGACAACAUAAACCAUACUCACAUACUCCUACACUCAAUAGCCCCACAAGUUCUCAAAGUCAGUGCUACAACUAUGAAAAUAAGCUUUGUCCCUUAUGUUGCUGGGAGCAGUUGAGUGUGGAAAUAACUGGUGUUCGAGAGGUAUUAGGUCAAUAUGGAGUAAUUGUGGUACAUGAAGGCAAACACAGGUUAAGACACCACAUACUCUGUCCUGGGAGGGAUGUCUCAAAGCAGACCAACUGUAGAAAGAACAUCUACAGCCGUCUGCUGCUGCUCCACCUCCUCAUGCAUCUGACAGACAGGACACUGUUGAUUCCUCUGUACUCCAUCAUCUAAUCUCUCCAUCCUAUCCACCUGCUCCCAAUGACUAACUUUUCUAAAUAGCACCUACAAAAGCUCCCACAUUCAAAUAUUGUAGUAUUUUUUUUGUCCCCUGUUAAGAUUUUUUAAACUGUUCCAAUUGGCUUGGAAUAGACUUAACCUCUGAAUAGACUCAGAUGUUGAGGUAGUUGAUGUUAAUGUCCCUUCAUUGUAAUCUUCAUGAUCCUCCUCAUUGUGAUUAGUCUUAAGACUGCACCCCCUGCUUUCUCUAUUCUACUGCUGCUGAUAAUGGCGCUGCUUCAAAAAGGGUGUCUCAAUCUGUGGGUGUAAAUCCUCUAAGACUGGGCCAAUAUCAAUGGAAGUGUAGUUGAGAUGGCAUGGUUGGAUUUAGACCUCAAAUUCUCAUCAAAGGUCUUUGUCAUGAAGGUUCAUAGAAAGGUGAUGCUCUGAUUUUGUAGAGCAAAAAAGUGGAGUUGAGGGCAUAUAAACAUGAUUCUGAUUUAUGGAGCGGAAUAGAGAAAGGUUUUUGGGUUCACAGGUCAACAAAAACCUGGAAGGCUUACAUGUUCAAUAUUCUGAAGUUGUACUUUUUUUAGGCUGUAAAGCUUGGUUGGAUGAAUUGGCAGAAACAAAUGGCUAUAUAUAUUAUAUAUAUAUAUAUAUAUAUACUACCAGAUUUUUAAGAAAUAAUUCACAUCACCGUUUUAACAAGGGCCCUGUGCUACUGUUGUUGAGUACAGUGUAAUGGAUGGGAGUGUUUCACAUUUAGAUGUAGUGUUUCAAGUGUUGGUGUCUGUAAUGAUGAAAGAUUGAGAUAUGUGAUAUGUAUUUCUUAUUUUUUUCAGUUAUCAAAAUUGGUUAAAGGGUUGGCCUGUUGCGUAGUGAUUAUUUGUUUUCUUGGAAUACUGGCUGUGUUCCUUAGUUACCAGAGGGUUACAUACCUAUUAUAACCACAACUCAAGUAGAUACAUGGACAUAAAUAGGACAGACAUGUUCAGUAGAUUACGGGUAGUCAUGGCAGAGAGUAAAUAGCAUGACUAGAGUUUUAAGAAGAGUUGUUUACAGUAGAGAGAUGGUUUCUUUUUGCAUUGCCAAUUUGCAAACAUGGAGAUAAGAUUGACUGAAAAGGUUUCAUUUCAAUUAUUAUUAAUAUAAUUGUAAUUGUAUUUUCUUCAGAAUGUCCUAUAUGCAAACCUCAGGUUUAUAGAAGAUGCAUCCAUGCAAUCAAAUCGCAAUAAUGAGCUUGAGGUUUAUCAGUAUAAUUUUUCAGGCACUGUUGUUCUGCUUUGCAUUCCGACAACUUCAAAAAGGGGCCUUGAUCUACUGAGAAGAUUUUACUUCGUUUUUAUUUACCUAUACUUUCACAAAAUCUGAAUCUCUGUGUCAUUUCAAUGAUUGGCAAAUAGAUUUGGUUAAACAGCUUGGCUAGACUGUCUUCUUGCAAGUUCUGUAUCUGAGGCCUCCUGGUUUUUCACACGUAUAGUUGAGAUGGUGUAUUUUUGACAUGCCAUUCUCUUAAUGUAUAUCUAUGAGAAUUUCUUGUAUUUUUUUCUUAAGAUUUGAAUAAAAAAGUGAAUGAGAAUGAUGA